AUGACAAAGGUAUGCUCGACAGGGCCGACUCUGAUAGGGGUGACGAAUGCAUUGCAAUUUCGGGUCGAGUGUCAGACAACGCCCUUCGUGUUCACUUGUGGCUUGUCUGGCAGUCCUCCGCUGUCCUCCCAGCGCCGCCAGCGCCCAGCGCCUCUACCCUCCCACCACCCACCACCCACACCCACCCCACUUGCCGACGACCAAGACGACGACCGCGCACGAUCGGAGCUCCCUCACCUGUCGGGUGAUCCUCAACCGUCAAGCUGGCGUCGUCGACUCCCCUUCUCCCACUCGAGCUUCCUCCGUUCACACUCCACCCGCUACUGUCGCCCGUCUUCGGUGCCGGUGCGACCGGGAGCGCGAACACUGCGCUCGGUGCCUCGGGCGCAGUGGCCGUUGGCUCACCACUCGGCACCCCUGCCCAGCAACGGGGAGCCGGUCCCGCUCGACCGUCCUCGCCUCCGUCGACCCCAUCCAGGUUGAGCCAGCUUGUUUCCAAUGUCGCGCUCGUCGCAUCAGGGGAAGCAUCGCCCGCCAGCGUCGUAGGAGGUGCAACCACCGCCUCGAGCUCGACAGCCUCAGCGCCGGGCACGAACGUCGCCAACGUUCGCAGCGUCGACGCGUCGCACGACCGCAUUUAUGUCGGAGCGAGCGAUGGCAGAGUCAGGACUUACGAACCCAACAGCUCCGAUACGGACAUUCUGAGCCUGAUCAAGCCCAGUGGGGGUAUGUGGACGCCAAGACCGGCUUCACCUGCGCUCACGGCUUCGGCUUCGGCCUCUGGCUCGAGUGGGGGACGAUCCAAUCCGGCCAGUCCUUCCUUCCGCGAGGUCAGUAAGAUGUACAUCGUUCGGUGUCGAAUGAUAGAAAAGCUAAUCAUAGUCCAAGUCUCGUUUUGAUUCCGCACGGGUCCCCAGAUCAUCGCUUUGGAUCUCGUCGACGAGAUCUCGGUGACAGCGACACGGAAAGCGGCAGAUCGAGUCGCCAUACUCGCCAGGCUCAACAUGGCCGUCAUACUAUCAGGUGCGUACUCCUCGGACGAUAACGUAGCGAUCCUUAGCCUGCUGACGACCUAGCUCUGCCCCUUCAACAGAGGGGAUUCUGACGUUCCAUGCUCUGCCCUCGCUCGCGCCCCUUUCCGUUCAUUCGUUUCCUGCCCUGCGUGGUGUGACCACCUUCGCCCUCGACGAGGAUGAGCUCUCUGGCGGAGGAGAACCCGACUCGAUGCGACUGUGUGCGAUCAAAAGGAGGAGCGUGAACGUACUCAGAGUCAUGCGCGACGGGCUGUCUCAGGUUCGGGUGAGUUGUCGCAGAUGUCGGGCUCUGGAGAUUGGGAAGAAAUUGCUCAAGUUGCUGAUGUGAUCCUACGUGUGCUACGAAACAUCUAGGAUCUGCCGUUGCGGGGUGGUGCUGUGCUGUGUGUACUCCGAAGAGGGCACGUUUGCCUCGCAGACACCGAAAACUAUUCCAUCAUCGACCUCGAUGCUGCGGUCGCCUUGCCGCUCCUGCCGAUAUCCCAGGUAAGCCGACGAAGCACGUCCCCUUUCGUCAGGGCGCCGCUGACACUCUCGUGCAUCAUGCCUAGGCUCCGAAUCUGGAUGAUCCGCCUGACGUCCCGCCAGGAGGCAUCGAUCCGCGACAGCGGCCUGCGAUUACUUGCGUCGGAACCCACGAGUUUCUUGUGGCGAGCCACACGGCCAACACGACGCUCGGACUGUUCGUUAACGAGAGCGGAGAGCCGUGUCGGGGUACAUUAGAAUGGGCCAGCAACGUUCGCAGUCUCGGUGAGUACGUGUCGACUAUCCCAUUUGACUCGGUGCAGUUCGACCUGACGUCGGUGAGCCCGCCACAUCAGUUGUCGACCCAUCGUACGCCAUCGCUCUCUUGCACAACAACACGGUCGAGAUCCACUCUCUUCGAACUCAGGAGAUCGCACAGGUCGUACAUUUACCCACCUCGUCCUCACCACUCGGGUUACAACCCCGGUCGUUGGCCUACUCUUGGUCGGGUGUCGAUUUAGGAGCGGCGUCGGGCGCGAACAAAUACGCACUCGUCUCGACACCACUCCUGCCACUGACUACUCUCCCCUCGUCUGGACCGCCGAGUACGCCGACACGAUCCAAGGGUGGCCGAACGUCGAUGCCCUCUUCGCCUGCCGCGAAUGACAAGAGCAGAGGUCGAGGCUCGGUGACGCGGACGUUCAUCGUUGGCAAAAACAGCCUCUACGCUUUGACGCCGCUGACCCUCGCCGUGCAAGCGGAUGCACUGAUGGACAGAGGUAGAGUGGACGAUGCCUUGGCUUUGGCCGACCAAUUGGAAAAGGGAAGCAAAGGCGGGCGGAUACAGGUACGCGGAUACGGAGAAGCUGUCAAAUUAAGCCACCGCCUGGAAAGCUGACCCGGCGCCAAUUGCACCCUCCCAGAACCCCGAGCUAGCCUAUGUCUACCUACGGGCGGCUUUUCUCUCCCUCGCGCUCACGCACUUUCAGGACGCGUUCAAGCUCUUCCUCCGGGCCGGUAGCGACCCGCGGCUAGUCAUUCGUCUCUUCCCCGACUUACGUAGCCCUUUGAUGGGUCCAAGUGAUCAUCUGUUGGUGUGCCGUGGCGUGUUGAAAGAGGUGCAAGAGGGGAAGAGCGUCGAUGAGUAUAGUGAGUUUGAAGAACCAGGAGCUUGGGGCCAACCCAGCGCUGAUCGUAUCGUUUGCCGACCGACAGUCAUGGCCAACCUCGAAAAGAAUUACGCGCCGCAUCUCAAGCCCGAUGUCGAAACGGCACCACCAACAAUGGAAUUGCGAGCGACGCUAACCAUGACGGCCCGGGAUUGCUUGCUUUCGUACCUCCAGACCUGGCGCACGACAAGGAGGGAGCGCUCUCACCGCGAGGGGGUUGAUGAUUCAAGAAAAGUCGACAUCACCGUCGAUACUACUUUGGGUCGGUUGUACGCUGAAGAAGGCCGGAGAGACGAUUUGAUGGCCUUACUGGAGGGCAAGAACGAUUGCGUCGUCCAGGAACUGGAAAAGACGUUGCUUGACAAGGGGUCGUACGAUACGUGGGCGACGAUUUUGCUCCAACGAGGCGAGACGAGUCGAGCAUUGGACGUGUGGACCAAGAUCCUCGACGGCAUAUACGAGGAUGCACAAUACACUGGCGGGGCGGAGCGGAUAUUUGACCUCUUGUGGGAAUCUCAGGACAAGAACCUUCUCGACCGCUUCGGAAUCCCUUUGAUCAAGCACGAUCGCCAGCUUGGACUGAGGCUGUUCCUGGACCCCAAGCAAUCGAUCCAGUUCGAGACGAGGCAACUGCUCGAACGGAUACAAGCGGUCGAUCCUGAGGCAGCAGACGUCUAUCUCGAAGCCGCGGUGUUGCAGGGCAAGGAUACCGAUGGCCGGUUGCAAUCUGACCUGGUAACACGGUAUAUUGACAGCCUUGGCGACCUGCUGUCCGACUCGUCGAUCCUAGCGCGUGCUCGCGACCAGACCACGGCAUAUACCUCUGUCGAAGACCGCGCCUCGUUCCUCUCCUUCAUCUGCUCGCGCGUCGAUCACGAGGCUCCACACGCCGACUUUGAUCGGGUGCGGCUCAAGGCGAUCCUUUUCCUCUCGACGUCCAAGAACUACGACCUCGCAGCGAUCAAGACCAAGCUCGAAUCGGGUCCGCGAGCGAGUCUAGUCUUUGAACGAGCAAUCGUGUAUGGACACUUGGGACUCCAUCGACAGGCCUUGUCCUUGCUCAUUCACUCUCUGGGAGAUCUCGUCUCGGCUGACCUGUAUGCGCGGCAAAACGGGGACCUGCUUGAUGGACAAGAUGUCAAGAAGACGAUCCAAAUCUUGGCUUUGCCUACGGCUCCCUCGUCUUCUUCGUCAGGAACGAGCAAGCGACGCGGUACAGAAGCGGAAGUGAAGCGCAGGGAACGCGAUUUGAUGCGCCUCGUCGUAGAUUUGUGUUUGACCUCCUCGGAGCAGGGUUCGACGACACCGAUAGAGGCGAGUCGGGUAGCGGCGUUGGUGCAAGCUCAGGGCAUGCAUUUGGAUCCUCUAUCGGUGCGUUCACCACAUUUCUCCUCAAUCACACUGCUUUCACCUUACUCAUCGCUCGCUCUCAUCCCAUUGAACAGGUCCUAGAGCGACUUCCCUCCGACUGGCCCCUCUCACUGACGUCAACGUUCUGGGCACGCUCGUUCCGCCGCUCCUUGGUCGCGCAACACGAAGCGAUGUUACUCAAGGCGAUCGCCGCGAACGAGAACAGCGACGUUACCGAACGCGUAGGCAAUUUGUACCUCUCCCUACCACCGACGGUUCAGACUCAAGGACCGACGGCUUGGGAUCGAGGAGGGGAUGGCGGGGAGAAGGAGAAGAUGGGAGGUCGACCACGAAAGGACGAGGAGAAGGUCGUGACGGAGGUCAAGGUGGUGAACGAGGGGUAUCGCGUUGACGAGGACGAAGUGGAUCUGUCGUAG